GUUCUUCCUGCUGCACGCUCACUCGGGAUCUCGCAACAAUAUUCGUGUCGUCCUCUGGACGUUCACUAGUCCUAUCUCCGCUGAGUCGCUCUCGGUCUUGAGCCAGUAGUAGGUCCUCGUCAUCUAGCAGCACAAAGCGCGGAGAAAACUCGGGCGGCGCUCGCUCGUCGGCGUCACUCAGCAGCUCGUCGUCCAGUAGCUCAUCUCCACUCAGCGACGCGAGUCCCAGCGCUGGGUCGGAGAUAUUAAAGCCGUUGUCCCGCAGAAACUGGUCCACACUCGACAAGCUCUCGUCGUCCAUACCGAGUGCGGUUCAAACUGAAAAGUGAAGGCGCAAUAGUGAAGUUUUCCAUUUUAUAGGGAUUGUACUCAUUAUGAUUGGGACCUAAGCCUUAUUGAAAUGAUUGGACAAAAAUAUUCACAAUGCUGUUAGCAGCUAUGCGCAUCCAGCUCCUCGCGUUGCUGGCGCUGCUACUGCUGGUAUCCAGUGCCGAUGUCCUCGCAGAGGACCCGUAUAAGGUGUUAGGCGUCAAGCGUUCGGCCUCUGAGGCCGAGAUCAAGCGCGCAUACCGCUCACUGGCGCUCAAGUGGCAUCCAGACAAGAACCGAGACAAUCCGGAGGCUGAGAAGCAGUUUAUGCGCAUCGGAGCCGCCUACGAGAAGCUGACGAACGCUCCAGCAGCAGCGGAGCAGGAGAGAAGGCAAAGAUAUCAACAGCAACAUCAGCGCUACGGAGGAUACAGUCGGGGGUACGGAGGGUACAAUGGGGGCUACGACUACAACUACCAGUAUCAAUACCAGCAGCGCUGGGAUCUAUCGCACCUGACGACGCCCUUCCUAUUGAUGGUACUGCUCGCUGUGGUUAUGGGGAUGCUCUCCAUUGGAAACAAGGCAGCAGAGACCAGCGAGACGCCGCAACAGCCACAGAAAAGUCCAUUAGAGCAGUUGGCCAAGGUCUUUGCGCCGUCGAGUUACGAGCUCAAGCCUGUGUACUUGACGGCAAGAGGGAGACGCACGCUCGUGUUCUUCCCGGAUGAUACAAGACACGGCUGUGGUGUGAGAGACCAGUUCAGUAUUGUAGAGAAGCUGGCGACGGAGUUCCAGCACGACCCGCUUACGUUCUGCUGGGUUGACAUGAACACACAGCCCACGGACAAGCGCGCACUGUGGCAGAAGCAGUUCGGCAAUGCCCCAGCACCAUUCGUUGUGAGUCUCAGUUACAAGGGCAAGAAAAUUUCGCUGCUAUUUCCUCGUAGUGACAGCAACAAUGGUCGUCAAGCGUUAGAAGACGAUGUUCGCAAGUGGCUUGUGCGUCUUUCAGGCGGUGAGAUUCCUCAGAUUCCAUCGACAACAGAUCUCUUUGAUUAGAUAAUCCAGACAAGCUCGCGAGUGGGUAAGCACUGUCACGACAGCAAUGAAUGGCUUGUAUUUAUGUCUUAUUAUUGCACAUUUAAGUAUUUGAGUUCUUUACAGGGUGCCUUUACUAGUAUGUUGCAGCAGCACAUGACGACUGGAACGCUGACGACCGAUAGGAGGAGCAUGGUCGUCUAUCCAGUGCUGCUCGUCGAAGCGGCCUCUCUCGUGGGCAAACACUCCGCUGUCUAAGCUGACUCGACGUCCGAGACUUUCUGGUAUAGUUUGCUGCC